GUUCCCAAGAGUAAGUCACUGGAGGCUGCAAAUCUAGCUAUAGAUGCUGGCUUCCACCAUAUUGAUACUGCUUUUGCCUACCAAGUAGAAGAGGAGAUAGGACAGGCCAUUCAAAGCAAGAUUAAAGCUGGCGUUAUAAAGAGAGAAGACAUGUUCAUCACUACAAAGCUUUGGUGCACUUGCUUUCGACCAGAGCUGGUCCGACCUGCUUUAGAAAGAUCACUGAAAAACCUUCAACUGGACUAUGUUGACCUUUACAUUAUGCAUUACCCAGUGCCAAUGAAGGCAGGGGAUGAUGAUUUUCCAUCAGAUAACGAAGGAAAACUUCUAUUGGACUCAGUGGAUUUCUGUGACACAUGGGAGGCAUUGGAGAAGUGUAAGGAUGCAGGAUUGGUCAGGUCCAUUGGGGUGUCCAACUUUAACCACAAGCAGCUAGAAAGAAUCCUAAAUAAACCAGGACUCAAGUAC